GCCCCAAGGCCGUCGACGACUUCCCCCUUCCCUUCCCACCUCCUCGCCCGCCGGCCCUCCCCGAUCCCCAGUCACCCAUGGCGACGCCGACGACCCGCCCGGCGCUGGCGCUCCUCCUCGUCGCGGCCGCCGUGCUCGCCGGCGCCGGCGCCGCGCGCGGGUUCUACCUCCCCGGCGUCGCCCCCGCCGACUUCCGCAAGAAGGACCCGCUCGCCGUGAAGGUGAACCAGCUGAGCUCCAUCAAGACGCAGCUGCCCUACUCCUACUACUCCCUCCCCUUCUGCAGGCCGGGCACCAUCGUCGACAGCGCCGAGAACCUCGGCGAGGUCCUCCGCGGCGACCGCAUCGAGAAUUCGCUAUACGUGUUCGAGAUGAUGGAGCCUAAGCUGUGCCAGAUCGUGUGCAAGAUUGCUCCGAACCAAGACGAGGCCAGGGAUCUGAAGGAGAAAAUCGACGACGAGUACCGCAUAAACAUGAUUCUUGACAACCUUCCUUUGGUCGUACCUAUUAAAAGGUUGGAUCAAGAGGCGCCGACGGUCUAUCAGCAAGGCGUGCAUGUCGGCGUCAAGGGACAGUAUGCAGGGAGCAAGGAGGAGAAGCAUUUCAUCCACAACCACUUCACAUUUCUGGUGAAGUAUCACAAGGAUGCAAACACAGAUAUUGCUAGGAUUGUGGCCUUUGAGGUUAAACCAUACAGUAUUAAGCAUGAAUACGAUGGCGAUUGGAAGGGGAAUGGUACACCCCUUAAAACCUGUGAUCCACACUCGAGACAUCUAGUCGUAGACUCGGAUUCACCUCAAGAAGUAGAGGCCAGCAAAGAGAUCAUUUUCACCUAUGAUGUUAACUUUGAGGAAAGUCCUAUCAAGUGGGCAUCACGCUGGGACACCUACCUUCUGAUGGCAGACGACCAAAUCCACUGGUUCUCAAUUGUCAAUUCUCUGAUGAUAGUCCUCUUCCUCUCUGGGAUGGUUGCCAUGAUCAUGCUCCGGACACUGUACCGCGACAUCUCCAAGUACAACCAGUUAGAAGACCAGGAGGACGCCCAGGAGGAGACAGGAUGGAAGCUUGUCCAUGGUGAUGUGUUCAGGCCUCCUGUCAAUGCUGACCUGCUGUGUGUAUAUGUCGGGACAGGUGUACAGUUUUUUGGGAUGCUGCUGGUCACCUUGCUGUUUGCCAUCCUUGGGCUACUCUCGCCAUCAAACCGGGGAGGCCUUAUGACAGCAAUGCUCCUCCUCUGGGUCUUCAUGGGCCUCUUUGCAGGGUACUCGUCCACGCGCCUUUACAAGAUGUUCAAGGGCUCAGAAUGGAAGAACGUCACAAUCAAAACGGCCUUGAUGUUCCCUGGCAUCGUGUUUGCAAUAUUCUUUGUCCUGAAUGCUCUCAUCUGGGGUGAGAAGUCCUCUGGUGCUGUGCCGUUCACCACCAUGUUUGCACUGGUUCUCCUCUGGUUCGGGAUCUCUGUGCCGCUGGUCUUCGUCGGCAGCUACGUUGGGUUCAAGAAGCCUGCCAUGGAGGACCCCGUGAGGACAAACAAGAUACCACGGGCAAUACCAGAGCAGCCAUGGUACAUGAACCCAGUCGUCUCAGUACUGAUCGGAGGCAUCCUGCCCUUCGGCGCUGUGUUCAUCGAGCUCUUCUUCAUCCUGACAUCGAUCUGGCUGCACCAGUUCUACUACAUCUUUGGUUUCCUAUUCCUGGUCUUCGUCAUCCUGAUCCUGACCUGCGCCGAGAUCACGAUUGUGCUCUGCUACUUCCAGCUCUGUGGUGAGGACUACCAGUGGUGGUGGAGGUCCUACCUGACGGCCGGCUCAUCAGCGCUGUACCUCUUCCUGUACGCCACAUUCUACUUCUUCACCAAGCUGGAGAUCACGAAGACGGUAUCUGGCGUGCUCUACUUCGGGUACAUGCUCAUCGCCUCGUACGCCUUCUUCGUGCUCACCGGCACCAUCGGCUUCUACGCCUGUUUCUGGUUCACCAGGCUCAUCUACUCUUCGGUCAAGAUCGACUAGAAAUCUGGAGACUACAGCUGUAACACUGCUUCCUCGGUUUGCGAUAUUAGAGGUUAAAAGACAGUAGGAAAGGAAUCAUCAGAAGUUCAGAGUGUAGUGUAAGCUGAAACGUAGGCUGCUCGUUCAGGUGUUUUAGGGUAUUCACAGUUUGAUUAUGUAACACUACAUUAGUGUAUUUUUUUAUGCCAGUAAUUCGGUACAGGUGUGUAUCCUUACAGAAAAGAUUUCAGAUGGUACAAUCAAACUAUUUAAAGUUGUAACCGUACCUUAUGUUGGUGAAAUGCUGAAUAAUUUUUACUUU